GCAACGCCACUGUAGACAUGUAGAAAGGGCCCUGCUGUGGAAAGGUCAUAAAUCUACCAGCAGUCACACUGCACCACUCCAAGAGGAAGAGGUGUUGCAAGGAGUCUGCCCAAGCAAGGACAGUAUCGGAGGGGCAGCACACACCAGGACAGAAGCAACAGAAACUGUGGAAGCAAUUUUUCAACAUGAACCUGGCAGCAGAUCUUCUCUGUUUAUUGAUGUGCCUCACUGCAGUGACUUGUGACCGGGUCUACGUCCAUCCUUUCAACUUGUUUGCUUUCAACAAGAGUGACUGUGAGCAGCUGGAAAACCUGGUCCAGGAGGAAAAGAAAACUUUUAUCCCCAUCUCGAUUGAGUCUCAAACCACACCUGCUUAUGAAGAUGACUUGAAUGACAAGGAAAAGCUGGAGGCCCCAAGCCUGAGUGGCCGAGGGAGGCAGAAACUGAGCUACCUGAAGGACUCUGUGUACGUCCUGGGCAGGCGGUUUUACAGCGAGCUGCAGGAUGCACAGCGGGACCAAAACAUCCUCCUGUCUCCAACCAGUCUUUAUGGCUCCUUGGUGUCUUUCUACCUAGGGGCCUCAAACCAGACGGCAACUGAUUUGCAGGGCUUGCUGGGAUUUGUUUCCCCCUCUGGAGACCCUGACUGCACCUUCAGGGUGGACGGACACAAAGUCCUUUCCAGCCUGAGGAUGAUUGAAAACCUCAUCAAGAGCAGGGAUGAAGAGCUGCUCUUUUCCAAGACACUCUACCUAUUUUCUGUCCCCGGUGUACCUCUAUCCCAGCUGUUCGUGCAGGACUUGCUACCCUCUGCUGAUGCUCUCUAUGCCCGAGCUGUUGACUUUACGAACCCCAGCGAGGCAGCAAAGCAAGUAAAUGCCUUCAUAGAAGCCAAAAGCGAGGGCAAAAGCAAGUGCUUACUGACAGACAUCGAUCCAUCUGCCGACCUGCUGUUUGCGGUGGAUGUCCGCUUGACAGUGAACGUUAAGCAAGCCUCCCGGCUCAAAGAGCUUCAGGAAUUCUGGGUGGAUUCAAACACGAAGAUCUUGGUUCCUAUGUUGUCAGUCACAGGGACACUCAUGUACAAAACUGAUGCCAGCGGGACUUUUUCUGUAGUGGAAGUCCCCAUCAGCAGGACCGCACUGCUGGUGCUACUGCAGCCUAUCAAGGGCAGUGACCUGGAGCACGUGGAGCCUGAGCUGCCAUUGCAAUCCUCAGCCUUGCUUCAGCAGCUGGCCCCAAGAAAAAUUAAAUUAACGCUGCCAGAGUUAACAAUAGAAGGCAGCUCAGAUCUACAGGAGCUUCUUGCAGAUAUGGAACUGCCUGCACUGCUGGGGAAGGGAGCAGAUCUCAGUAAAAUAAGUGACGUCAAUCUAACUGUUGGAAAGGUAAUAAAUAAAGCCUUUUUCAAACUGACCAGUGAUGGAACAGAUCAGCCAGAAGACCCCGCAGCACAGAAGGGAGACUUGGAAUUCCUAGAAGUAACACUGAACAAGCCAUUCCUGUUAGCUGUUUUGGAAGAGAAGUCUAGGGCAAUGCUUUUCCUUGGCAGAGUAACAAACCCACUGCAUGGGAUUUAAAUGCAAGCACGGGGGAUAGGGAGGAGGGGAAUGGUGCCAUGUUUCCCAUCACCUAUUUCUUAUUCACCUGCUAUUUUUAUGAUCUUGUUGAGUGCUCUACAUAGCUUUGAGAUGAAGCAGGUAGUGUUUGAAAUACAGCUUUUUGAAAGCUAAAACAUUGCAAUAUUUCACCCUUGUUCACCUAUUUCACUUGAGGUGACUCAAACUUCCUUCACGUUCUCUUUGUUCCUUAUAACCACUUGGUUUGCCUUCUGUCUCCAGCUUCCUUUUUUAAUGCAGUGGGGACAAAGUAGUAGCCAACAGGGCAUUGACUUAGAAAAUAGUUUUAUAAGCACAAGCAGCAUUUAUUGUAAAAAAGUAUAGAAGAGGAUCACUUCUUAAUUUUCGGUUUGAUCACUUUUGCAAGAGAGUGCCUCUUUCACAUUACAGUGAAAGUUUUACAGUUAUACAGAGAGAUUUCUCGCUUCACCAGCAACAUUUUCCUUUAAAUGCUGCCAACAGCACAGGCAGGCUUCGCUUAUCCCACUGAGACAGGACUUUUUGCCUUGGAAGCAAAACUACCUUUAGAGGAAUUUUUUUCUUUCUGCAACCCAGAUGGAUAUGUUCAUUUCUUAACUCUGUAGAAAAACUAAAAAUAGGGUUUGGUAGCAUUAACAAACCAUAAGGAAUAGAUUCUCAUAGGCUGGCAGAAUUACAUUUGAUUUUUUAGAAGAAAAAUAUAAGGCUUAUUAUUCCAUUCCUUGGAUUGCUUUCUAACUGGAAAGGCAUUAUAGCCUUACAAUGAAAAAGAGUAUUACUAGUUCGAGUCCAGAUCUGUAAACUUUAACAUAUCCAAACCAUAUGUUUUUUUAAAAACAGUAGUAAUGGCAA